AUGUGCCUCGGUUUCAUCAAAGCGAUUCCCUUCUACUGGCCGUCGACAUACUACAAUCAAAAUGCCUUCUUCUACGUUGACUUCGGCGACCAACACAGCCAAGGACCAAACCAACCGGGUAGGAUCCGCGUCACGGAAGGCAACAUUGACUUGACCGGGUUCGAGAGCUAUGCGGAAUGUAUUACUAGUGGCAGCUGGAGUAAUGAGAAAGCCUUGAGCAUUACGAUCCGCGAGUGGUUCCCUUACACCGAUGGUUACCAAGAGGUUGUCCAUCAGGGCCCGACACUCAUCUUGGUCACUCCGGAGCAGACAGCGACAGCAACGCCGAGUGCAACAGCGGAAAGCGCCAACCCAGAACUCACUGCGGACAAAAUCGCUGGCAUAUCCUUCGGCGCCAUCAUCGGCGCCAUCCUACUCGACUUGCUUUACUUCUCAUGUUGCAUGAGCUGCUACUUGUCAUACUACGGAUUCCAAGAGAAGAGCGAGAUAAAGAGGGUAAAGCGGCAAGAGGCUCGGCGUAUACAGGAAGAGAGGGCUUACGUACAGCCAGACGUGGAUACGAUAAAGGCUAGCGUAGCACGCGGAGAGAUAUGGACGGGUCCGGUGCGUCCAGGAGGCAUGUGGGCAGCGCGUUGUGACUGGCCGGCAGCCCCAAGGCGAGCAUCGAGGGACGAUGAUGAGAUAAGAGUGGUGGAAGAAAGGAGGAUGGAAGAGCAGAGGGUGAAGGAGCAGAGGAUCGAGCAAAGGAGGCAGGAGGUUGCGAGAGCGGAAGAGAUUGAGCCGCCAGCUUAUGAGGCACCGCCGCCAAAGUACAUGCCGUAA